AUGGGAAUUGUGGCGCUUCCCCUUCUCCCGUUUCCUCUCUCCACCCCCAGCCCCAGGCCGGGGAGGCGGGAGGCGGCAGCGCUGCAGCCCGGCCACCGGCGGGGCACGGGGCCAGCGGCAGCCCCGCACGGCCCCUUCUCCGCCUCCGCAGAAACACCUGCGGGGGGAAGGAUGCCGGGAGGCGGCCGCCCCCCUCCGCGGCAGCGCGGGCUGGCUCCGGAGCCGCCCCAACCAGAAGGAGGAGGAAGAGGAGAGGAAGAGAAAGGAGCGGGAGGGAAGUGGGGAAGUUGUGCCUCGGCCGCCCCGCCGAGAGCCGGAGCCAUGGGCCCGGCCGGGGGGGCGCGGGCCGCCCCCUCGCUGCUGCUCUCGCUGCUGCUCGGAGCCUCGGCCCCGCUCUGGCUGCGGGCGGAGACGCUGGGGGAUGGAUGUGGGCACACAGUGAUGUAUCAGGACAGUGGGACACUGGCAUCCAAGAACUAUCCUGGGACAUACCCAAACUACACUCUUUGUGAGAAGAAAAUCCAAGUGCCUCCAGGAAAACGCCUGAUCUUGAAAAUUGGAGACCUGGAUAUUGAAUCACAGAAAUGCGAGUCCAGCUACCUUAGCAUCCAGAGCUCUUCAACACUGCAUGGGCCCUACUGUGGUAAUGUGAUGCCUGUCCCCAAAGAAAUCAUUCUAGAUAGCAACGAGGCAACUAUUCACUUUGAGAGUGGAUCCCACGUGUCAGGACGAGGAUUUUUGUUGUCCUAUGCCAGCAGUGAUCAUCCAGAUCUGAUCACGUGUUUGGAACGAGCAAACCACUACACAAAGGCUGAAUUCAGUAGAUACUGUCCUGCUGGCUGCAGAGACAUAGCAGGUGACAUUUCUGGGAAUAUUGGAGAAGGAUACAGAGAUACGUCUCUGCUGUGCAAGUCAGCGAUCCACGCGGGCGUGCUGGCGGACGAGCUGGGCGGGCAGAUCAGCGUCACGCAGCACAAGGGCAUCAGCCGCUACCAGGGCGCCGUCGCCAAUGGCGUCCCCUCCCUCGAUGGUUCUCUGUCUGAUAAGAGAUUUACGUUUACUUCAAAUGGCUGCAACAAAUCUCUCAGUCUGGAAGAGGGAUUCCUCUCCAAGAGCCAGGUUACUGCAUCUUCCUACUGGGAGGAGACCAAUGAAUUUGGGCAACUGCUCCUGUGGUCCCCAGACAAGGCUUGGCUACAAGUCCCGGGAUGGUCUUGGGCCUCCAACCACAGCAGCAACCGGGAAUGGCUGGAGAUAGACCUGGGAGAGAAGAAGAGAAUCACGGGGAUUAAGACCACUGGUUCUGGAUCCAUGCAUUUCAACUUUUAUGUGAAGACAUUUACAAUGAACUAUAAAAAUAACAACUCAAAAUGGAGAACUUACAAAGGGAUUCUGAGCAAUGAAGAAAAGGUGUUCCAGGGCAACUCCAACGCUGGUGACGUGGUGCGCAAUAACUUCAUCCCUCCCAUCGUGGCCCGUUACGUGCGGAUCAUCCCUCAGAGCUGGAACCAAAGGAUAGCCCUGAAGCUGGAGCUGAUGGGCUGUAGAAUAAUGCCAGCUAACAGCUCCUUCACCCAUUCCAUGUGGCAGAAACCGAGUCAGAGCACAGAAACCUCCCUUGGGAAAGAAGACAGGACUGUUACAGAGCCCAUCCCCUCUGAAGAAACUAGCUUGGGUUUAAAGCUCACAGCUAUAAUUGUCCCCAUCUUCAUCGUGCUGUUUCUGUUCCUGUUCUCUGGAAUUUGUAUCUGCACAGCCCUUCGCAAGCGAGAAGCCAAAGGACUUUCUUAUGGAUUAUCCAGUACUCAGAAAUCAGGUUGUUGGAAACAAAUCAAGCAGCCCUUUACCAGACAUCAGUCAACCGAAUUUACCAUCAGCUAUAAUAAUGAGAAGGAGACACCACAAAAGCUGGAUCUGGUCACCAGUGACAUGGCAGAUUAUCAGCAGCCUCUCAUGAUCGGAACUGGGACGGUAACACGUAAAGGAUCUACUUUUCGCCCCAUGGACACCAAAGAGGAGGGAAGAAGGGGAAGUUCUGAGUUUGAAAAUCACUAUCACUGCCCUCACAGAGCUAACAGGCACGAAUAUGCUCUGCCCCUGACCAGCCAGGAGCCCGAGUACGCCACCCCCAUCAUAGAGCGGCACAUAGCAAGAGAAGGUAAUUUCCCCCCUGAGAAUGGCUACAACGUUCCUGUCGCCUCGUCUCAGCUACAUUCCCUUUCUGCUGGCAGCUUCUCCAGUUCCUGCAAAACCGACACCAGGAACGGAGACUAUCAGACACCCCAGAGUGUCAUAAACUACGACAAACCCAAAGUUAAUGGUGUUGUGACCUCCGUGAGCUACAGCACAGACUACCAGAAGCCCCAGCAAACUGCUCUGGGGGGCGAGGGGUACUCCACGCCCAGAGACUGCCUGAAGCCCAUCAGCCAGACAGCAAUGACAGCUCUCUUGUGAUCUGCCGAGCAGCAGCGGCACGGUGCGCAGGAGCGUCGCUGCACAGCUUUCUGAAGUGAAAACAGAGUUUGGAGGGGCUCUGCUGUGGGAGGCAGAAGGCAAACAAGCCCUGUGUACAUAAUAUUGCUGUCUUGCUGGGUUCUGACAUCUGAAGAAAGCAUAUGCUGUUUAUCACUGUUUAUAGCAAGAGAGAUGUUAUCAGUGAAGACUGUACAUCUUAUUUUCUGUAACUGAUCUCAGUGCUCCGUUUGCAAUGUGUGCAAUUUGUACAUAGCUUUUAUUUAAGGAGAAUUUCUUAGGUUUCCUUUUCACCUGGGGGUUUGAAAGGAUUGCAGGAAUGACUAUUUAAGAAAAACAGUCCUCUUUUUCUGUCUUUAUCUUACCUGCUGCUGUACUGGCAGCUGUAAAUGGUGUAUCUUAUGGUUGUGUUGAUUUAUCUCCUUUCCUAUGAUAACUAAAGAUAGGGCUGUAGUUCUAAUUGGGAGGAUAGAAGUUAAACUUCUUGCUGCAUAAUGUGCAUGAGAGAAAGCAGCUGAGUAUUUAAAUACUAUGCUCAAACACAACUUCCCAGCUGCUUUUUUAGCAGCAAUUCUCACAUGCUUGAAUUUGAUCUAGCAUACAAGCUGAGCCCAUCGAACUUGCAAUUCAUGUUAGAAAACAGGCAGAAAGGCUGAAACUGGUUUUGGGUUCAAGCCAUGGUUAUCACUCCACAACAGGAAAAAAAAAAGAAAAAAAAAACCAAACCAAAAAAACAGAACCAAACAACAUAUCCAAUACCAAUUAAUCUGGAGAAGUUAUUUUAAUUUUUUUUUAUUUAGGGAGUGUGUGUGCAACCAAAAUGUGAAUUUACAGCUGAGAACUCAGUGCUGUUCAAGCCCUAGCCGAUUCUUUUGCUGCUAAAACUUUAAGGAAAUUUGUUCCUUGGCACAAAGCAGCAAACUUCCAAACUUCUUCAUUUCUCCACUAGGUAUUUUUCUGUCUUUGGGUUACUGUUGCAGUUAAAUUUGCAAGACAGCACAUCAGCACUGUUGUUUUUGAACAGAUUUUCUUUUGCAGCUAAUGUUUCCCUUAGUUGUGUUUUCAGACAAACUUGAAAAAGCUUGGGAUUGGGUGCAAUGUGUCGCACAGUAGCUGGUUCCUCUUUCAGCAGGGGCAGCUUUGGAGCAGAGCAGCUUCUGGUCAUGACUGGGACCGUCCACUGCCCCUCUACCUCCAGUGCUUGGGGCAUUUCUUUGUAUUCAAAAGCUUGUCCUAAAAUGCCAAGAAGUAAUAUACUUCUGUGAAGAAAGAAUGGUGCUAUGCUUAAAGCACAAGGUUGGGAAACGAGACCAGUAAAACCUGAGCUCUGGGAAAGCCGCUCUUUGAAGGCCCUCCCUUUAUUUCCUUGUACAUAAACGGGAUGAUUUGCAAAGGAUGCGACGAAGAUUGCUCAGUCUGUUCGCAGAGUGCUUUCAGACCUCUGGGUGGGAAGUGCUGUCAGAGGACAGACUGGCUGCAGUGGUACUGCUCACAAAUACUGCUGACUCCGGCCAGACCCGAACUUCAGGCCAGCUCUGGGUGGGUUCCUUGCAUACCCCUGUUUGCAGCCUCAGGCGGUGCCGUUCCCCCGCGCUGCCGCACCGUGCAUGCGAUUCCCGUGCAGAGAGAAAGAGUCAAGGUAACCUCGUAGCCUUCCUGUGUUUGCUGUCAAUACAGUUUCUGUGAAAUGUCUAAAACACCUCAGGUCCUGAAGUGAAACAGCAGCAGCCUGUUUGUUAGACCGAGCUGGGCGGCGUUGUUUACCUUCUGUUGUUUACAUGUCUGUGUAAAUAAAGAACACUGGUAUUUGUAAAUCA